ACACCAGUCACCAACACCACAGCCAAGCCAAGCCGCGGCAGAAAACCAGAGCAGAGAAGCACGGCAGCGCGCGCGCUGCACCCGCCCAGCGCCCCCCGCCAUUACUCCGGUUCCCCUUCCCGGCUUCUCCUCCUUCCCCGGCAAUUAAUGCCGCCAACAACCAGAUCCAGCCCCCCGGAAACCUAAGCCCCGCAAACAAAUACCCACUUCCCAUUCUGCCCCUCGCACCGCGCGUCAUGCCAUUCCGCCCCACGAUCACACCCCCGCCGCCGCCGCACCCGCCGCCGCUGACGACGAGUGGGAGCCAACAGCGAUGUCCUUCCUCGACCCGCUCGCGUCGCUGGGGCUCGGGUACGCCAUCGCCAUCGCGCUCGGCUUCCUCGUGCUCCUCGCCUCGGUCCUGCUCGCCUCCUAUUUCUGCCUCCGCCGCGGGGCCGGCGACGGGUUCGGCGCCGGCGGCGUCGGCGGCGUCGGGGGCUCCGCGCGGCACGCCGCGUCCUCCGCCUCCAGCUCGGGCCACAUCUCCAUCACCGUUCCCCGCGUCGUCUUCGUCGCGGAGGACUACGACUCCCCGGGUUCCUCCUCCCGCGGCGCCGCCGCCGCGGCCUCCCCCGUCGGCCUCGACCCGGCCGUCAUAGCGACGUACCCGAGGGUGCCCUUCUCCAGGGCCGCGCUGGGGCCGGACGCCGAGGUCGCCUGCUCGAUCUGCCUCUGCGAGUACCGCGAGGGCGAGAUGCUGCGGGUGAUGCCAGAGUGCAAGCACAGGUUCCACCUCACGUGCCUCGACGCGUGGCUGCGCCGGAGCGCGUCCUGCCCCGUCUGCCGGUCCUCGCCUAUCCCCACCCCCGUCUCCACCCCGCUCUCAACCCCACUGUCGGAGCUCGUCCCGCUGUCGCAGUACGCCGCUGACCGUCGCCGGAGCAGGUGAUGGAGGUUCGGAUGAUUCACUGGUGAUGCUUAGCACAUUUGAACUGCUGGGUUAGAGAGCUACCAUAACUUUAUAGAAAGUUUUGCUUGGUAGCAGUAAAUUGUUGGACCAAGGAACACAAGCAGUGUACAUACAUCGUUCCUCCGUUCUAAAUUCUAAUAUAGCUUCUAUCUAGUGAGGUUACCUGUGGUCCUAUAGAGUUGUAUGCGCAAGAGCAGUCUCUGAAUUAUCUUUAUUCCAUUUAUAUGAAUUAUAUGGCAGUGUACAUUCUAGUAUAUUGGGUAUCUUAUUUUCAUAGAAAGAAUGUGGAAGACCUGCUCAUUCUCCCGAGAUGUAGGGGUAUUUCCGUGCAGUGCAAGCAAGCUGCUAGCAUUUAAAUGGAAAAUCUACAUUGCAAUUGAAGGAGGAGCAUUCUUCAAUUGAAUUCUUAGUUACAUAGAUAUUCUGGGUCUCCAAGAGAAUUCUGACUCCUGUGUGAUUGAUGAUUUGGUCAUUUGUUCAGUCAGAAUCGAUAUAAUGUUCAACAAAAUCAGUUAUUUAGCUUUUUGAGGAAGGUAAUCACAUUUGAGGUUAUUUCCAUGUACAGAAUACUGCUUAAACUUCAGUUUCUAACUAUGUCCCUUAUUCC